AUGGGAUUUCUUUCGGACCAUCCACAUACAGCGAUCACAGAGACAAUCUUCCGAAUUGUCUCUUCAAGGGAGUACACGCUGGAAGUGGAGCUGGGACCCUUGAUUCAGCUUAUCAAGGCAGACCACAACGACUACAACUACACAGUCAAUCAAGAGGAGGCUGCACGAGCACUCAGGAAGAAAAUAAAGUAUGGAAACAGGUUACAACAGUCUAGGACGCUGGACCUUUUGGAUCUGUUUAUUUCGCAGGGUGUGAAAUUUACUGUCAUGUACAAUGAUGAGAAGCUGCUGCAGAGGUUGAAAGGGAUGGCCACAAACUCUGAGAGCAACGGUUCGGGCGAGAAGUACGAGCCUCGAAUAAUCAAGAAAUGUGCGGCGUAUGUUAUCUCGUGGGUAAACUAUAUUAGACAGAACGGGCUGGAGAGCGCAAGGGCCUACGCUGGUCUUUAUCAAAUGGGUGGACUGGUCAAGCAAAAGUACUCGAAGAGCAGUCGGUCUCGUCGUAGUGGUGGGCGCUCUAACUUUAUGGAUGACAGUGCAGAUGACACUUUGUACCAGUCCAACUCGUUGACCAGUGCCGAUAGAUUGUAUAGGAUUCCGCAGAUCAACUUGAACAAGGAGGCACCUAAGAUCCGGCUCAUCAUCAGCGAUGCUCUCGCGUCUGCUGUGUCGUUACAGAACUCGUUGAUCGGAUUGCCCAGAGGAAAGUACUCCACAGAUGAUGAGGAGGCCACGUCCAAGUUCAUCCAGACAAGGGCCAUCAGGAGGAAAGUUCUUAGAUAUCUUCAAUUGGUCACGGAGGGCGAAUAUUUGGGUAGCUUGAUUCAUGCUAAUGAUGAGCUGGUGGCGGCGUUGACUGCAUAUGACGACAGAAGCGCUCAGGACGAUGCUAGUGACGACAACGAUCAUGACUCGUACAACGACGAUACCUACGAUGAAAACGAGCAAGAUAACAGUAGGUAUAUCGACAGCGAGUCUUCGGAGGAGGAAAGCCUCUCUUCCUACCAACCGUCCACGAUCUCUAACCCAUUCGGGGAUCAUAACAAAAUUUAA